AUCAAAGUAACUAUGUUAACACUGAAUUAUCAAAUUUAUUUUUGACAACAUAAACGUGAAAAGGAAAAUGCCUUUAGCAGACGUCGAAAAAGCUUUAUUAAAAUACGAAAAAGAUGAAGAAAAAAUUGAUAAAAAACUGCAAGAAAUAAAAAGUGAUAAAAAUCUAAACGUGAAAAAGUCUGAAUUUACUUCGAUUAAUACUCUAGAUCGCGCUGUGAAAAGAAAUAAGGAGUUUAUCAAUGAAUUAGAGGUCAUUAAAGGUAACCUCCGUUCAAAAGCUAUUUAUAGUCCAACAGAAAUGCAGUGGAAAAGAAUUUGCGAAAAUUACAAAGUCGAGCCAUCAUUACCCGUCACAACUUGGAAAUGUAUUUCACCUAUUUUCGUUUAAAUUGCUACAAAAUACUGAAGCCGCCACUGGCGAGUUUCUAGAAAUCGUCCGUGAACGGAAUAGAAAUAGCGUGAUAUAAAUUUCUAAGAAAAUAUGGCGAGGGAGAACUAGAAUUAAUGUUUAACCAAAGAAAAAAAUCUGUAAAACAAUGUAUAAAUAAAAUAAAUCGG